AUCCAAACAAUUUUUGUGGGAAAACUCCGUAGAAACCGAUCUGGUCCAUUUAGCAGCCUCCAAAUGGACCUGAAUAAGAUGUUUUUGUUUUUUUGUGUAAAAUAGGUUUAUUAUAAUGUUUGUUACUGUACAUACGUUAGUUUACGUUUACGGCCUUGUCUUAUGUUCUUUUGGGAAUAGCACCAAACGCAGAGCGGAUGAUUAUUAUUUAAACUAUGAUUACGAAAUAAGGAAUAAUACUAUUAAUAUAGAAUUCAAACCGGAUUCAUUAAUUUUACCGAAUCCGGAAAAUAUUGAUUCCAAAUACACUGUCGAUGUGCUUCCAAAUGUAGAAUUGCCAGAUGAUUCUUUAGCCGACACCGAUCUAAAAGAUCAUGAUUUUAUAGAUAACAUAAUGUACGUUUAUUAUGGAUCUCAUAAUAGAAUUUCUAGCGGAUAUGGAUCCGAAACCAUCAUCAUAGGGUCUGUUCUGAGUUGCGCAGCCCAACUUUUAACAAUAUUUUGCGUUUUACUGAGGAAAAAUGUGAACGGCAAAAGAGAAAUGAAACUGAUGUUUUUACACCUUGUUUGCUGUUUUUGUACUUCGAAUUUACUUUUCAUGUUGGGUGUUUAUGCAACAAAAAGUGCGUUAAAAUGCCUAAUAAUUUCUCUGGUUCUACAUUAUUUACAUCUUCUAACAGCAAUUUGGUUAUUUUUGUAUUGUUACUACAUUUACCAGAGGGUAUCAACUUGUAAACCUGUAAAUAUUAAGUAUUAUAGCAUGAUAGCAUAUGGGACACCUAUUUUUCUAACAUUUAUGUCGUAUAUAGUUGCGCCUCACAGCUACGAAUCGCGACGAUUCUGUUUCAUAUCCGUUCAAAAAGGAAUGAUUUUGAACUACAUGCUUCCAGUAUCAAUACUUAUAGUUUUAACGACAAUUUACUCUCUGAACGGCUUGAGAAAAAUCAACUUGGAACUCUCUAAGCUCGAGUUCAGCAGCUCGGCCGAGUCCCUGAGCGCCCUAAAGAACGAAUUGGAUUUGACUGGCGAAAAAAAAUCCGAUUAUAGUCAAGACGGCGAGGUUGCGAGCUUAAGAGAAUCGAGAACUUGUUUGAAGAUGCUAUGCGUGGUUCAAACUGGAUACGAUAUAGUUUGGUUUAUCGUAGUUUUAGCUUUAGAAAAUGUUAACGAAAAUUAUAGCAUGUCAAUUAUAUAUGCGGUUACCUCAUGCAUUUUGAAUUGGUAUAUUUUUAUUAAAACAAAAUCAUUCUUCCCAACAAUAAACAUCCGUUCGCAUCUGAUCGAUGACGUAGUGAACGCAGAACCGAACGUUUCCGAAUCGACGACAGUCGACAUUUCCCGAAUAGGUUCAUCGGAUAGCAUCCCCCUCCUAAACUCGGAAUCCUGCACUGAAAUGAAGGAAUUACGCCCAGAUUACAUAAGUACAAUUAGCAGUUAAAUGCGUCAAGCAAUAUAAUUGAUAAGUAAUUGAAAUUUUAUCUGAAUCGUUUCCUAUUUAUAAAUAAUGUUAUUGCUCGAAUGUUUAACAAAAUCUUUUUAUAUCAAGAUGUAUUUAAUCGAUAUGACAUCGG